GCUUGCGCUGUUGCUGGCGAUUCUACUGCAGCCGCGGGGAGCAAGUGAGGAGUGAACUGCGGCGCGCGCUGCUGCGGUAGUUGCUCCCUUUCGCGCUCGCUCUUUCUUUGCAGCUUCCCGCGUUUAGCGGCAGUUGGGCUGAGGCGGAAUGUUCCGCAAGGCGCGGCGCGUGAACGUGCGGAAGCGGAACGAGUCUGAGGAAGACGACGAAGAGCGGGACGAGGAGCCGCCGCCGCCGCCGCCGCUGCUGCAAGGAGGGGAUGGGCCUACAGGAGAGGCCGAUCUGCCCGCUCCGAAGCCGCCGCUCCUGCCGCUUCCGAUAGGCUGCGUGCCCCUCGUCUCUCCUGGCGGUGGCGGCGGCUUUGUUUUAGGCGGUGCUGAGGCAGUUGGCAGGGGAGGCAGCGGCUUGACGGCCCCGCAUUUGCCGCCGCCGCCUCUGCCGCCGCCUGUUUUUAUUCCGCCGCUGUCUUCGCAACAGCCGGCGGCGGGAAACAACGGGUUCGUAUCGGCAGUUUCUAAGGCAAAAGAGAGGAAGAACAAGAACCGGGAGUCGGUGGCAGCGCCAACACCGCCACGCGGGAGCGUCAAACUCCUCAGCUUCCAAGAUGAAGAAGAGGAAACUGAAGAAGUUUUUAAAGUGAAGAAAUCAAGUUACAGCAAAAAGAUAGUAAAGCUGCUUAAGAAGGAAUACAAAGAGGAUCUUGAAAAAUCCAAGACAAGGCCUGAAACUAAUUCUUCAGCAGAAGCUGAACAGUCUGCAGACAGAAUCGGACAGUUUAAAGAUGUAGUUCAAGAGGAUGGGGCUGCAAAUAGUGAACAAGGAGAAGAAGAGAUGGAAGUUGAAAGUGAGAAGGAAGAAGAAAAACCAAAAGCUGCAGGAGCAUUUUCAAGUGCUUUGUCAUCUCUGAAUGUUCUACGUCCAGGAGAAAUCCCAGAUGCAGCUUUUAUUCAUGCUGCGAGGAAAAAGCGCCAAAUGGCUCGUGAGCUUGGGGACUUUAUACCUCUUGACAAUGAUCCUGGGAAAGGGCGCCUUGUUAGAGAAGAUGAAAAUGAUGCUAGUGAUGAUGAAGAUGAUGAUGAGAAGCGGAGAAUAGUCUUUUCAGUCAAAGAGAAGUCCCAAAGACAAAAGAUUGCAGAGGAAAUAGGUAUCGAGGGAAGUGAUGAUGAAGCUCUAAUUGCUGGAGAACAGGAUGAAGAACUUAGUCGAUGGGAGCAAGAACAGAUACGUAAAGGCAUUAAUAUACCUCAGGUUCAAGCAAGUCAGCCUGCUGAAAUGAAUAACCUGUACUACCAGAAUACUUACCAGACAAUGCCUUAUGGUUCAUCUUAUGGCAUUCCUUACACAUAUGCUGCUUAUGGAUCAUCGGAGACAAAGUCUCAAAAAACAGAUAACACAAUACCUUUCAAAACUCCCAGUAAUGAGAUGACUCCUGUUACUAUUGAUUUGGUAAAGAAACAGCUUAAAGACAGGUUGGACUCAAUGAAAGAAUUUCACAAAGCUAAUCAGCAACAACACGAGAAGCAUCAGCAAAGCCGUGAUGACUCUACCAAGACUAUUGAAAGAUUGGAAGGGUCUUCUGGAGAUGUUGGUGAACGGUAUAAAUUUCUGCAAGAAAUGCGAGGGUAUGUCCAAGACUUGCUUGAGUGUUUCAAUGAAAAGGUGCUCCUGAUUAACGAACUCGAAUCAGCAAUGCACCAGCUGUACAAACAGCGAGCUUCCCGCCUUGUCCAAAGACGACAAGAUGAUAUUAAAGAUGAAUCUUCGGAGUUUUCAAGCCAUUCAAGUAAAGCACUGAUGGCACCAAAUCUUGAUUCUUUUGGACGCGACCGAACACUGUACCAAGAACAUGUAAAAAGACGGACUGCAGAAAGGGAAGCUAGAAGAGCGCGUCGUAGACUUGCUAGAGAGCAAUCUGGGAAGAUGGCUGAUCACCUUGAAGGCCUUUCUAGCGAUGAUGAAGAAACCUCAACAGAUACUACGAACUUCAAUAUGGAGCAAGAUCGCAUAUUGAAGGAGUCCAGUAAAGUUUUUGAAGAUGUGUUAGAAAACUUUUCCUCCAUUGACUACAUUAAGUCACAGUUUGAAACCUGGCGUUCAAAGUAUUUAUCUUCUUACAAGGAUGCUUACAUUGGCCUUUGUUUACCCAAGCUGUUAAAUCCUUUAAUAAGACUUCAGUUACUUACUUGGAACCCUUUGGAGGACAAGUGCCAAGAUUUUGAGAGUAUGUUAUGGUUUGAAUCCUUGCUAUUUUAUGGAUGUGAAGAAUAUGAUCAAGAGAAAGAUGAUGCUGAUGUUUCACUAUUGCCUACUAUUGUGGAAAGAGUGGUUCUACCUAAAUUAACAGUACUUGCUGAAAAUGUAUGGGACCCUUUUUCUACAACACAGACGUCUAGGAUGGUAGCUAUUACCCAGAAACUAAUAAAUGGCUAUCCUUCUGUGGUACAUGCAGAAAACAAAAAUACGCAGACAUUACUAAAAGCCCUCUUGCUUAGAAUGAGGAGAACACUAGAUGAUGAUGUAUUCAUGCCACUUUAUCCCAAAAGUGUUUUAGAAAACAAGAACUCUGGACCUUACUUGUUUUUCCAGCGACAGUUUUGGUCUUCUGUUAAGUUAUUGGGAAAUUUUCUGCAGUGGCAUGGAAUCCUUUCCAAUAAAACCCUUCAAGAGUUAUCAAUAGAUGGCUUGCUAAAUAGAUACAUUCUUAUGGCUUUCCAGAAUUCUGAGUAUGGAGAUGACAGCAUUAAGAAAGCUCAAAGUGUAAUCAGCUGCUUUCCUAAACAGUGGUUCACUCAUCUUAAAGGAAAUAAGACAAUAUCACAUCUAGAAAACCUUUGUAGAUAUCUUGUUCAUCUUGCUGAUACAGUAUACAGAAACAGCAUUGGAAGCUCUGAUGUAGAAAAAAGAAAUGCGAGGGAGCAUAUAAAACAGAUAAUAAAACUUCUAUCAAGUAUUCGAGCACUGGACCAUGCUGUAACAGUGGCAAAUGAUCAUAAUGUGAAAGAGUUAAAGAUUUUAAGUGAAGGGAAAUAAAUUUCUUUCAGUUAAUUCUGGGAUUUGAAAGUCAUUCCUGAAGUGUAAUUUUGUACAUAUGUAAAGUUUUCUUAAACUGUAAACAAUUGAUUGUUUUUAAUACAAAGUGCACUCUUAUAUACAGCAUCCUUAAUAGUAUUGAUGUCUUUAUGAAAGUGAAAAGGAAGCCAGGAAAAACUUUCACCUGCAUCUUGUUUACAAAAAACUUUUAUACCCCAUGGUGGUCAUCUAUUCAGUUAACUGUCCAGUAGUUAAAAGGAAAUUCUUUACUAUAAAAUUCAUUAACAGAUUAAAUGAAAUAUUUUUAGCCCCAUAGUUGUGUUUGAAAUAAUGGUGUCUUUCAAAAUAAGAUUGUUCAGUUGCUGGAAUUUGGUAAUAAAAUUAGUCAGAAAUAUGUGACUAUCGUAUGACCCAGGUAAGAGUAUAAAGUUUUCAAAAUAGAACCCACUGUUAGAAGUGUAUGUACUGAUGACAAAAAUAGUGAGAAGUUAACAAUUCCAUUCAGCUGAUGGUAUUGUCUUACUUUUUUAAAAAAAAAAAAUCCAGACAAUAAGCAUGCAGUUGCUUGCUUUUAAUGGUAAUGUGUGUCUUCACUUAUCCAAGAAACUAUCUUUCGAGAGGGGGAGGGGGGGAAAUCAGCUAUGUAAACUGGAUUCUCUUCUUGGACGAACAUUACUAAAUUACACAUUUUUUUAGUCAAGAACUCUUAUGGGGAAUAUUUUUUUGUCACAAUACCUUAAUUCACAAGUACUAACCCACCCACCCCCAAUGUCCACAUGCUUUUAAAUCUGAUGUUCACAUUUUGGAAUAUUCCAAAAUGUUAGUUUCUUUAUUUGAAGAAUAAACUUACUUGUAAGGGUCAUGGCUUGCCACUACUGAGAUUGGUUUGAAUUCUGAAGAAUAUUGUCACUGUUGUAGGUAACCUGCUCAUCUUCAAGUGUAAUCUUUUAUACUUGAAAAAAGUAGAAAUUGAAUACUGAAUAAUGUUGGAUUAUUGUACUAUAUAAUGCUCCUGUCAUGUGAUGUAAAGAAAAUAUUAAAUGUACAGUCUGUCUUUUGGACAUUGAA